CCGCCGCCCGUCGCGUGUGUGCGUGUUGAAAAACGGCGGUCGCUGCGGUUUCGAACGUUUCAGUAGUCAGUCGUGUGCUGUCGCCGCUCGCGUGCCGUGUGUCCGUGCGUCUAUUUGAAGAUCCGCAAGAAUCGUUGUAAAUCGCGGGAGAUCGUCGCGGAGAUUCAUAAAACCCCGUGCUCAAUCGCGGCGCCGUCGCCAUAAUAUUAUACCGUUGUCGCUCGACGAAAAUGGACGCUAUUAUUGCCGCUACGGUCCCGUCGAAAGUUUAUUACGGUUCGCCGGUACGGCUCACGUGAUCCCCGCCGAUUAACCACGUAAGUUCAAUGUGUACACGAUUGACGUUAACGAUUAAUCCCUCUCGAAUUUGUCGUUUUGUUUUGUUUUUUUGUUUUUUUCUACGAUUUUAUUGAAUUUUAUUCUAUUAAAAUGUCCACAUUUUACCUGCACCAAAAAUACGAUUCUUCCUCGCUCCUGAAUUGUUUUCUCGGCACACACACUAUACCUAUACACUAGGUUACUGGGUUGCAGUACUUGAAAUUACCAAACAGUGUUCAUUAUUACCCCGAGCAAAACGUCUGGAAACAAAACGACAUGCGAAUGACAUGUGUACAUAUACGUACAUACCUAUAUUGGUAUUGUUUAUUUUAUUUCGAGUUUUAUAUCUCGAGCUGAGCGCCCAAUAAAGUUUUAACAAGCCCAAGUACCCAUGGGCAAAUGCCCCUAUUGAUCCCCUCUUAACACGUUAAAAUUUCAACGAUUAGUCGUGAAAAUAACGAAACACGGCCCGUUAUUAUUGUUUCGGAAAUAUUAUCAUAUAGUAACAGUUGUGUAUAGAUUUCUAUUGUAUUGAGAAUUUUUUCUUGGGGUCGGAUACAAAUCAUUUCAUUCGCCGACCACAGAUCCGUGGGGGGGGGGGAUAUCCGCGUGGGUUAUAAAUAACUCAUAUAGGUACCUAAUACGAUAAUAUUUGAUACGAUAGAUCAAAAAUAAUUUUAUUGAAGUUAUCGUCGUUGCAUAUAAGGACACGAAAACGUCCGAUCAUUCGCAGGCGAAGGUAAAAAUAAAUUUCGCCCGUAUAACUUGUAGGAUUUUGUAUGCGAUAAAGAUAAUGAAAUAUUAAUGAUCUUAAUGUGAAAUUUAUACGGUGCAACGAACAGUAUUGAUUUCAAUAACAUAAACGUAGGUGCCUGUUAUAAUACGAUUGUACAAUUUAAAUUUCAAAUUGCUACAGUGUACCUACCUACAUAUUAUUAUUAUAAUAAGUAAGUAGGUAUACUACAUAAUAUUAUAUAAACAGUGGCGUGGUUAACGAUUAUUUGAAAAUCGGUCGUCUCUGAAAUUUUCGGAGACUAUAGGGGCGGGUGUUGAUUUAUAUUUGCCCCAAUAAUUGAAUAAUUAUACAUGUAAAUAAUAAUACUAUUGAUCGAUAGUAGCAAUAAUAAUAAAUAAUAUUAUGUGUAUCAAUGUUCAGUGUUUACUGUUUAAAUAAUACGCAUGUCGCGGUUUGAGAGGGCCAAACCCAAAACGAUUCAUUAUGAGAUAUGUACAUAUAUAUAUAUGGCUAAGGCACAUUUUCGGGGGGGGGGGUGGGCUAUUCGUGGACGGAUUCGAAAAGGGGAUAAUCCUCGUAUUACAAUUUAUUUGCACCUACGGUUUAGAAAAAAAAAUUAAAAAUUCAACGAGUGGGAUUUCGUGUUGACAUGUCGAGUAAGGAGUAAGAUUGGGUAAGUGGGUGGAUGGUUCACCGAAAUAUUUGCCUCUCAAAAAUGUCGAAUUCGCCACGCCACUGAACAUAAAUAAACAGGUAUCUAAAUUAAGAAACAAAUUAUUACUGAAAAACUUGUACCUAUCCGUCACCUGUGCAAUAUAAGGAAUCGACGAUUGAGAUAUUAUAUCUACAAUAAUGUUUGCUGAAUGCAUGCCACAUAAAUCACACGCCUUCACAUUUUCGUUUCGUAGUCCGUAGGACGAACCGUCGGGUUUCACCUCCAAACCGGCCCAUCCACGUGACAUUUAGACGAGUCCGAACACGUUGGGAAUUUGUAAUAUCGCUAUAAUGAACAUUUUUUUUUUUUUUUUUUUAUAUUAUUAUACAUUUUUAUUAAAAAACAAACUUGCACUCAUAUAAUAAGUGCACAUACCUAGUGCGUGGGUAGGUAUGUAUUCAUACAAUUUUUUAUAUUUGAUUAAUAUUGUUGAAUUGAAUUGAUUGUUUUUUAAACCACGUUUUCGACGUACAAAACUGCGGGCGCUUCUAAAGAUUUUAUAAAUUCAGACUAUAAAAUAUGUAUGAGUAUUGCACGUAGGCGGGUAUUUGUCGUUUCGUUUAAACAUUUGCAGUUUACGGACAAAUUAAUAAUAUUAAAACCGUUCGUUACAAUUUACAAUGCUGGUCCGUAAUUUCGAAAACCGUCGUAUUGAAUAUUUCAUUAGACGUUUUCGUUUCUCCUUAACGCAGCUCCGUACCCUACUAUACCCCGUACUGACCCGCUUCGACUUUGAUGGGGAGGGAUCCCACAUUUGAAAACAUUCGGGUCCUUCUUCCAGUACGCGGGUAUUGAGCGCACGUCAUCACAAGUAUAAUGUUAUAAUCAGUGUUGAAUCCAGACAAUUUUUCUGGGAGCUAACUAAGACCAGUCGAGUUUGUUUAGUUAUUUAAUAAAUUAUUUCCCGAUUCACCCGCAUUUAACUGGGGGGGGGGAAAUAAAAUUCCAGGGGAGGGCUAUCUUCUCCCCGACGUAUACCCGAAUUCAACGCCGAUUAUGAUAAACAUUGUACACUUAUGACUUAUGGCUAUAAUAUCACAGUCGUUGGUUGUAUGAUAUAGACGCGAACGGACGAACGCGUAAGGCAUAAACACGUGGAUAGGAGAGCGCGUUUCACAGUGAAAACCGCGGCUGCAGCGGCUCGCAACACGGUAGCGGAUUUCGUUUCGACAACGGCCGCCGGGAUUCGAUUGGUAAUAAUUAAGUAUGGGUAGACAGGCAGGCAGGCAGGCAGGCAAGCAGGCAGGCACGUAUAUUAUUAUAAUGUGACGCGCCCCUGCCGCGGAGUGACAGAUGCGACGCUCUCGCUGUAUACCUAUUAUAUUAUUAUACCGUUAAGCGGAGGCGAUUGUGCGCCAAGUCGGAGGAGACGGCGGCGAUGGAGGAGAGGUGACGGAGCGAGGGGGAGAACCGAAAACUUGAACGAAGGUUUUAUUUUUUUUUCGUUACGAACCCAAGGAUAUGCGCGCGUCCGUGUCGGUGUGUAUAUACCUAUAUAAAUAUAAUAUAAUAUGUAUAAUAUGCGCAAUGUACCCGCCUGCAUAUAGUGGGCUCGCCAUUCAGGUUAUGCGGCCCACGCACUCUGCAGCCGCGCAUAGGUUAGACCGCGGGAGAAACUCUCGCGCAUAUUUAAAACGAAUAAUAUAAUAAUAAUAAUAAAACUCACGAUGCCUACUAUAUAUUUUUUUUUUUUUUUUUUUUUUUUUCUAUAAUAAUUUUAUAAUGUAACGACGAAUGACGAGAGUUGGCCAAUACACACACACACGCGCGCGCGCGCGCGUUCAAUCCGCCCACUGCUAACGAAACAAAAUCCAACAUAGUUUUUUUAAACGCGUAUACGUAGAUAAUGUUUAUAGUGUUUAUAGGACGGAUAGGUAUCGUAUGUAUACGCAUAAUAUAAUAAUAUUAUAUAGGUAUACCACUGUGUGCCGCGAGCCGCGGUGUAAUUUUUUAAUUUUUUUUUUUUUUUGAUUUUACUCUACGCGCCGCAAUAUUACGCGCUAUCGUUCUGUACAAUAUUACGAAUAUUAUCAGCUAUGGGGUACACUCUGUCGCCCGAACAGUUGAAUAGCCGACGGUGAAUUCGUAAUGGUAUAUUGUCGUAUAAUACGUAUCGUAGUACGCGCGUGUUACAAUAUCGUUGUCCACCUAUUAUAUUAUUAUUAUUAUUAUUAUUAUUAUUAUUAUACAUUAGGCACUUGUAUAAUGAUAAUAUUAUUGUUACGCAUUGUAUAUAAUAAAAAUACUGUAGGUGUAUGCGUGUAUAUUUUUUACGGCGUAUACGGGGUGUGGGUGAACAACACUUUGCAGCGUCGGGAUAUUUUCUGUUCUUCUUUGCGCGUCGACGGCUGCUCCUCGGAGGUGAAAAAAUACGCGCGCGCUCGCACGCGGAAAACCGCCGUUGAAACGCGAGCAUUUUCCACGUGUAUACGAUGGCAAUGAUGUAGGCAAUCGUCUGACGGUAAUAUUAUUAUGCGCGAGGCGUUCGAAAUCGAAAUACGACCCACUUCGUUAUUCGUGUAUACUGUUAUUGUUAUUAUAUCGCGCGGCGUGUAAUAUAAAAAAACAAUAACGACAAUAAUAUGAUGUUGUGUGAAAACGUUUUUUUUGUCCGGAUGUGCCGCGGGUUUGUAACGUCGUCGUCGGGGCCUACGUGUGCGUCUCGUUAUGGAAUUGCUCGGCUCUCGUGUAGACAGAGAGAAAAAAAAAACAAACCGUGUGCGCGUACAAUAUUAUAAUAGUGUACGUCGUCGUUGUAUGGGCGCGCGCCGGACACGCUAAACGUAUACGUAUUAAUAUAUACGUAUUAUUAUUAUUAUUAUUAUUAUUAUUAUGAUGUUAUAUUAUUAUGCAUUUGAAUACCGCGUGCGGAGGUGGUUGUAUUAUAUGUUAUGUUCGUGUGUGGCGGCGACGAUACUAUCGUCGCCGGCCGGCCAUAAUAUUCAAUCGUCGGUAUACGCGCGCCAUAUGGACGCGGAACGAGCGCGCGGCUACUUUUAUCGGGGGGGGGGGGAGGAGAGAAAAGUCGCGCGACGGUGUUUAAAACGGGGAGGGGGGCAACAAAAAAAAAAAACCCCCGUACGCGUACGCGCGUGAAAUAUCAAUUACGCGCCGGAAACGGAUGUCUCUCUCUCUGUCUCUCUCUCACUCUCUCUCUCUCUCGCUCCCGCGCUGCAGUGAACGUAACGCCGCGGCCGGGGCGAGCUCCGUAAAAGGAACCCGUGCGACGGCGACCGUCGCUUUCGCGGGCCGCGGAUGAUAUUAUCGCCGCGCUCGUACGCGGCGGCCGAUGGGCCGGGAUACGGGGCGUACACCGCACCGGUGUAAUAUCGCAACAGCGCGCGGGCAACGGGCGUAUCGGAAGGAAAACAAAUUGUUCGAAACGAAAGUUCCUUAUAAAGAGAUCCGCGCGAACAAUCCGAUUCUGGCGGCGCCGCCUUCGCACAUAACGUCGCCGUAUACAGUAUUUAUAAUGUACAAUCGUCUAUACGGCACAAUGCGAGUCGGCCUGCCCGAGAAACAGGAAACGGCUCCGUGAAUGAUGUUUUGGGCACCUACCUACCUGCAGCGGUUGGUGUACACACAUAAUAAUAAUACCAUUAAUGUAAUUAUGAAGUCGACGGCGACGACGACGACGACGACGAGGUGUGACGACUAUAAUAUCGCGAUGACGGUCAAACGCGCGGCACAAUGUAAAUAUUGCUCCGGACGGUUAUAAUGCGUGCGUGUGUGCACGGGAAGGUUACAAAUUAUUGUAUUUUAUAGUGUUACGUGCGGCAGACACCGGCCGGAAGAAAUUCGAUUUUGGUGAGAUUUCGUAUACCCGUGGAAAUAAAUCACAAUGUUAAAUGGUAUGCGUGUCGCCGAGAGAGGAACGUCCCGGAAAAUGUGGGCGGACGUGAACGUAUAAAGAGAAACAAAAUACGACGCACAGCCGAACACAUUGAUGAAAUUGUUAUAAAAAUACAAUACGUGUAGGUUUAUAUACGCUUAUUAAAAAAUUACAUUUAUUCCCGCAGAACAAUGGCUAUAGUAAUAUAAUUAUUUAUGCAUUACCAAUGUCAUGAUGGUAGGUAUGCAAUCAAAUUGAAAUGUGGUGUUCUAGAUUGAGACUAAUCGAUACACAGUAAACGUAAUUAAUGUAUUGGGCUGCUUUUAUUUGGGCGAAUUUCAUGUUAAAACGUCAUAAUUUAAAUACUAUAUACUAUUUGUGUAUCGUUUGGCCGUGAUACCUUUUUCUUCGCGACAUUUUAGUCAAUUAAGAACCAAAAUAACUAUUACAAUAGUAUAUAAUUUUUUAAACGUCGAAACGAAUAAUAACUAAUAUUAAUUAUAAUGGCAUAAUAUUACAUGUAUUUAAUUUCGAAAAAUGUUUCAAAUCAAGCAUACCAGGAGCAUUUGAUAACUAUGAGAAACACAAUUACGCUUAAAAAUAGAUAAUUUUUGAAUUACCUACUCGGCUCAAUGUCGAGGAAAUCCUAAAAAAGCAUUUGGUUAUAAUAAUAUAUAAGGUAUCCACACGAUAUACCGAACCGCUUAAAUUUAAACACUAAGAACUUCACUCAGAAUCGUUUUUUGUUUGCAAUUUAAAUAACAGCAAGCUAUGCAUUUCCCGCGCGUUUAAAAUAAUAUCCACACCGUUAUCUUGCGUAUUAUUAGUGUACGAAGCGAACACGAGUAACAACCGCAGUGGUUAUAAUUCGUGUUAAACAAUAUUGCUUUCAAAUUUCAAUAAUUUGUGUUGAUCAAAUUUUGAUUGGCCCGCUUAAAAUACACAGACAAUUUUAUGUGCACGCGUAAAUGUUAUGAAUUAUGAUAAUGACGAAUGACGAUAUAAUAUUGCUCGGCUAGGGUAAUCGCAUAAAGUGAAAUACUUUUUAAUCGACACGCGUAUAAUUUUUUUUCGUGUUUAAAAUAUUUAUAUUUUAAUCUAUUUAGAGACUGUGUAGUUAUUAUUAUUUGUUUUAAAUACAACAUAAUUACGACGGACAUGUAGUUGCUUUUUCGUAAUGUCGAAUAUUGUCGAUAAAUCGAUGACCUAGCUGUACAACACUCAAUUAUUUCAUUUUGAAAUGUUGAAUUAUAAUAUAAUAUACCUAGUUAAUUUCAUCAUCAUGACGUUUAUAGGCUCAUAUAUUUGAUGUACGACGUUUAAAAAGAACCAUUCUGAAUAAAUAAAAUGAAAGAAAAUUAUAAAAAAAAAAAAAAUAAAAUAAAAAAAAAGGUUGAAAAAUGUGAACUAUACCAAUACAACAUAUACUCGUAAAUGUGUACGUCGAAGUUCAUACGUGUCCGUCGUAAUUCAAUUAAUCUAUGAAAUAUUAGCCUACAAAUUUCAUUAAGCUUGUAAGUGUACAUAUAGUUACAAUAUAUUCUUAUGGCCUUAUACGUAUUCAAAUUUAAUAGUCUAUUAAUAUUAUCGUUAGUUGUCCGCAAAUAGUAUUUUGCUAUGUAAAUUGUGCUAUUUUAUAUUUCGAGUAUAGCGUAUAUAUGCUAUACGUUUUACUAUAUGACGGGCGUUUUUACUCUUGUUAUUCUCUCGGAAAACAAUUUUUUUCGGUUAAUAAAAACGGUCCUUCGUUUCGUACCUUAAAAGAUUAUUAAAAGAUCCACGAUUAGGAACCGUCAACAUAUUUUUUAACACGCUGAAAAUAAUUGAAGAUGCAUAUUAUUGUAUUGUAUAUUACGCGGAGUUAAUAUACGCAGGUUACAUUAUAAUAUGGCCCUUAUUAUUUCGGAUGGACGGCCGCGGCGGGUUUUCAAAGACCGUGUCGUGAAUUUUUAUUUUUUACCAUCGAGUGUCACGUAUUGUCGUUUAUAUAGUAAAUUUUUAUAUUGCAUAGUGGCGGACUCGUCUUUUAGGGGGGGGAGGGUAAUAUACUUUUGGUUCAAAAGUUAUACUUUUAACUAUCACGGCCAGUCCAUCAAUGUGGUGACCCCUGCAUGUUAUAGCACAACUUACUAUUUGCAGAGGCCGUGAUUAUAAUUUAUUAACACUGUGAACUUCUACACAGAUUUCUGAAAGAAAUUAUUAUUCAUAAGUAGUUUGAUGUCUAGGGGGUGCCAUGGCACCUAUGCCCGUCCACCCUAAACGCCGCGCCUGGCACACAGGUAUCACGCGCAGUGGCGUAAAUACCGGAUGGGCAAGGUGAUGGGCGAACGCUACGGGACCGUGACAUUUAGCGGCCCCAAACCAGGGCUCGGGGCGUUAUUGGACAGGUCCUUUUUUUUUCCGCUCACCCGCCCUGGCUGAGCCAAUGCGAUAUUUUGCCGCGGACAUUAGAAGUUCUGUAGUUACUCCGCACUUCGGAUCACGCGCCCAACUGUAAACGGUUUCCGGUGUUGCGGUUUUUCACGCGAGAUUUUGUCGCGAUUGCACGUCAGCGGUACUUGCCUGUAUCUUCGAAAACUGACGAAUUAUUGAAUGGCGGCGGCGGUGCUGAAAGGAAAAAGGACCGACUAUACGCGGAAACUGCGGGCAGUCACGCGUGGGCGUCGGGCGGCACGUCCGUCGGCGAUUGCCGUAGUGUGGUAGUUGUCGGACCACAUUACAAUACCAUUAAAUCGGACGCCCACAACAAAAUACCGCCGCUGUGCGCGUACUCCGCGUAAUAUCCCCGCGCGCGCGGGGAAAAGAAUAAUAAUGAAAAAAAAAUAAUAAUAAACAGCCGGGAUAAUCACUUUUAAAAUCAGAUCGUUUUUAAAUUCUAUAAUACACAGUUACACAAUUUCACAUUUAAUAUUAUGUGACAACUGUGUAUUGAUAAUUCGGUUCAAAUUUACGGCAUUUUAAUAAACAAAAUGUCACGGUCUUAACAACUACGGUGGUUGAUUAUUGUUUAGUUGAAUUUUUAGUCGUAUUGAAUAAAAAAAAAAAAAAGUUCGAAAUCGGGUAAACGUUAUAGUGAAAUGUCCGAGGGCAAAACGCGAAGUGACCGACCCCAUUCGAACAAAACCGUGGCGUCCACAAAUUUCAAUUUUCCACAGUAAAGCGCCAUAUUUGUAGAUUCUAAAUUAGGCGAGAAAUGUAUUGGUUUUACAAUGAUUAUUUAUUUUUUUUUCACUUUUUUUGUACUAUUUAUAUAAUUUUUCCUUAGAAAUCUUGCUUCAAUCAAAACAUAAUAUAGCAUGACCUUUUUUGUUGUAUUUUGGCUUUAGUUAUUGCAAGUACUUAAGGUUAUUUUUGAAAUUUUCAUUAAUAUUCGAGAUGUUGGGGAAAACUGGUUCUUUAGGUUAAAACUGAAAAUUAAAAGAUUACAAAUAAAGUUGUUACCGACCAAACGUUUUUAUUUAGUUUUUGUUAUUAAAGUUUUGUUAUUUUAAUCUUUUAAUCCUUUUUAAACAAUCGUUUUUGUCGUGAAAACGCACAUUGUUGAAAAAACAAUUCUAUAUACCGAGCUUCGCUCAGAAUCAUUUUUCGUUAGAAAUGAUUAAUCGUUACGUACGUACUACAGAUCAAAAUUUAAACCACCUCUAAAUCCUACCUUCUCAAAUCUCACCUACAAUGGUGAGACCCACCCGUGGUGCAAAGUAUAUCCGUUCGUUUUUUUUUUUUUUUUAAUAUUAUAUAUAAAUAACGAUACAAAAUAUAUAGGUAAUAUUAUUGUUCCGAUGAAAUUAAAUACGAUUAAAUACGUAAAAUAAAUAAAUAUAAUGGCCAAUGGUUUAAGGUAUAUUGUUGAUUUUAAGAACUAAAAAAGUUAAUAUAGGUACAUUUAGUUAAAAAAAUACGACAAAAAUAUAUUUGUUUUUUAUUUUUUGGUACACAUAUCCAUUGUAUUUAGAACUUUUUCUCGAACACGGCUUCUUAUGGGGGUUGUUUUGAAACAAAUAAACAAGUAUAUUUUUGUCGUAUUUUUAUAAUUAAAAUUCUUGAAUUUAAUAACUAAACGUUUGUCCUUUUCGGCCACAUGAUUGCGUAUGUUUGUCGAUGAAUUUAAGAAUAUUAAAAAAAAAAAAAAUCAACACGAUAUGUAAAUUGGCAACAACGUUUAAAAUUUCGUUCGCAAUCGUAUACUCAGGUAACGUCGUAUGCAAUUAUGUAGCUUUAUAAAGCUAUCACAAAUAACGGACGUACGCAAUCGUGUUUUACCCUUAUUUCCAAUAGAACCAUUAGACAUUACAGAUGGCGCCAUAAAUGGUUGGUUUUCAGGGUAAAACGACAUUUUAUUACAGCAAUUACAGGGUGAUUUAUAGCGCCAUAUGUAAUACGUAACGAUUCUAUUGGAAACAAUAAUAACAUCGUGGUUGAAAACACGAACCUAAAUAAUUAAACCACCGGUAACGCUAAAACCAGUUGGUUCCAGCCGCAGUGUUGUGAUAACAGACGAAACGUUUUGCUCACCGUCCUCUCGUAUACCUCUCGCCACACCGAUACCAGUUCAUUAUACAUCUUGGUCCGUGGUAUUUUACCAAAUAAACAAUCGCAUAAAUUAUAAUAUUACAAUCAUUCACCGCCGCCGGGUGGUUAUGUGAACGCAAUAUAAUACGUACCGUUUUACUUAUACAGUUUGCGCUGCAAUGUACGAAAGUUGUACUAUAUAAAAUUAAACUUUUGAAAACAUUGCGGGAGAUUUUGAAUCCCUCCCGACAUCUCUUUCCAGAUACGGCCUCGACUCCUCGAGUAGAACGGUUUCUAUUAUUAAAAAUAAUUGAUAUUUGUGAAUUAUGUUUUAUCACGUUAUUGCAUAUUGUAUGUAUAGGUAGCGCUAUAUUAUUAUACACCAGGACUGGGUACUAUAUACACGUAUAGGUAUAUACCGAAUGAAAACUGUUGAUUGCCAUAAAACCCCUCCUCACACCCACUGCUUGCGGGAGGGGACCUCGAGUUUUGUUAUUAAUAUUAAAUUCGAAAUAAUACACAAUAUAGCCGCACAGCGGUUUCGCGCGUGGGAAGGUGUUAUGUCGUAUAAUAUAUAAUAUCGGGUAUACCUACUUACAAUAUUAUGUACCUAUAUAAUACUUAUAUCAUUUAUGCGUAUACGAUAUUAGAAUACAUUAUGAUUGCGUAGGUUUUUAUUUUACAAACUACUACGCAUUUUUUUUUUCUCUCGAGUGGCCCAAAUAUCCGUGAAACGUCCGGUCUCGAAACGGGUCGCGGCCCCGCGCGUCGUCGUUCCAGUGCGCUCGUAAUCGUUCGAACGAACGGCUGCAGCUCCUAAAAUAAAACGAUCGAAUCGUGCGUAUUGCACGCGAACAAAUUGCUCAUCGGGAUGUCAAUUUUACGGGGGGCAUAACUAAUUAAGAAACAAAAUCGAAAAUAAUGAAAACGUUAUGGCCGUAAACUUUCUCGUUUUUCCGUACGUUUUUUCCCAAUCAUUACGAAAACUGGUCGGGAAAUCGAAAAAUGACUUGCUCAGUCCGCCGACUGUAUCGGAAAUGCGAUAAAAAAAAAAAAAAAAGGUCUCGUGUAAUUUUACGAUUGGACCAAUAUUUCUGGCGUAAAUGGUAGUUAUUUACAGACGGGGAAAGAUAACCAAAAAAUAAGCAGACAUCGUACAGAAUAAACAAUUUAUAAUAUUAUAAUUAUCGCUAUAGUGAGAUGUUUAAACGACUCUAUUAGUCUUCGACCGUACCACGUUGAACGCACCCAGACCUCGGUGCACGGCGGCGCGAAAUAUUUUUACCUCGAAUCGCCUAUUUCAUUUUCCACCUAACCCAACCCGAAAAUACCCUCACCCUACCACAUACCUAUUGAAAUUACGGUAAAUUUCAAUACAGUUCGUCAAAUUUAUCAAAUUUCCGCAGACGAAAAUUCUUUUAAUGACUUCUGUUUUGUAAAAACACCUAAUCAUUUAUGUUAUAUUUUUGAACACCGGGGGACCCACGAUGACCCGGCCGCCCGUUCUUGUGUGAAUCGCGUGAUUCGAUCAGUAUACCUCCUUCGAGCCGCCCCUGCACCCAGUUCUAAAUCCGAUCACUGGAGUGAAGCAACGUCGUCGGUACUGCAGGGUAUACUCGUUCGGGAACUUUUCGUUGCCGUUUUAGAGUAACCUUCGUGUGCCUAUACGCUAACGUUACGUCGUCCACGUGUUGCUAACCCGGCGCAAUAGACACGCGGGACACAACUGUUGCGAUAUCGCGUGAUGUCAUACCGCGUCGCAGACCUUUCUCGUUUGAUCUUUCGCCGAGUCCGCGGGAAAUCGUUCGCGAAUACCCGCCGCAAACGCUACGGCGACGAUGCGCGUUUGACGCCCCUCCGACAUUUUCGCUGGAUAAACGCCGCAAUAUUUUCCCGGACUCGCGUCACGUAUGACGAUAAUAUAAAUACGUCUCCCCCGUAAUAGCGGCCGUAAUGCUCGCGUAUAUUUUAUACCUACGCAUUAUAUUAUUAUUAUUAUUAUUAUUAUUGCGAGCUCUUAUUAUCAUUACACAGACCCGUCGUCGUCGGCCGCCUCGUCUAUUGUUGUGUUGCUCGUUACACGCAAAAGUAUCCCGAUGGCUGGACACCAGUCGAACGGCACCGCCAGCCCGUUUCGGUCCGUUCCGCGGAGAACCGACGACGGAAGACGGACGUGCGCGCGCGCGCGCGCGUGUGUGUGUGUUUAUGUGUGUGUGCGAGCGAGCGAGACAGCCGAGUGAUCGACACUCGUCGUCGAAUCCGCGUUAUUCGCUCGUCAAGAGACCGAAACCGGUCUCCUCUCCUGCGCAUUCGUCGUCGCACGUAUCCCAUUGUAUUGUAAUUCGUACGGGUUUUGUACGCGUACGUACCCGCGCGUGUGUGUGCGCACACAUAAUAUUAUACGGGUAUAAUACGUAUAAUACGUAUAUAAUACGUUUGUCGAGUGUUAUUACGCCGGGUCGGCGUAAGGGGACCCCGGCUCGAAAAGCGGUCGCUGCGCCCGGUGUAUAAUAGUGUAAUAUUGCGUACGCACAGGAUCUACGUAUGUAUAUAUAUACACAUAUAUACGUACACAAUACCUCUCUAAAUAUAGGUAAUACUGUUGCGAGCCAGAGGUAAUACGGGUGCAGCGCACGGGGGGAGGGGGGAAAGAAAAAAAAACGGUCCGCUAUCAAUUAUUUAUGCGACGUAGCAGCAGCAUCAACGUUGCAUACUCGGGAAAACAAACGAGAUUAAUUGAUUUUCGUCGGGCCGUCGGCGGCGGCGGCGGCGGCGGCGAGAGGAGGAGACGACUGUUCCUCCGCCAAUAUGUUUAGUAUUAUUCGCGGGCAUUAAGGAUUCGAGUAGCGUACGCGGCCUGCGGUCCGGAGGGCCUGUCGACCGACUGGUCGGUACACUUUUUUUUUUUUUUAAACUUUUUUCUUCUUUUUUUUUUUUCGUUCUCCGUCUCCGCGACGAUGACGGACCGACGACGCUCUGAUACGACACACACACACACGAAUACGAGAUAUAAUAUUAUUAUACCGUAUUUACCUACCUUUGUAUAGUGUAUACGCAUAUAUUGUCUAUGUACAGGUAGCCCGGCUAUAUAUAGGCAGUCGCGAGACGAGUAUGAUGAGAAAAAAAAAUAUAUCUAUUAUACACACAAACGGACGUCGUCGUCGCAACUGGUCUACACGACCGUAUACUAAUGCGUAUAAAUAACAUCUGAAAAACGCGCGUAAUAAUGAUCGCCGCAUACCACGCGAUCGUUGUCAACAUAACAUGCGGACCGCCGGUUGCUGCGCCGGCGAACGCACGAAAUAUAUGGUUAUGGUAUCUUGUUCGCGGUACCCCGGACGGGACUCGGGAUUUUUACUAUUUUUUUUUUUUUUUACGCUUAUUGAAUCGGACGCGAAAGUAGAAAAAAAAAUCGAUAACAAUAAAGGUGAUUUGGCGUUUUUGUCGGCCGUCGCGCGACAUAUUCCGCGUUUGUUUCGCGUGCUAUUUUUCCGUCCUCGCUUUGUUGGUGUUCUCAAAGCGCAUUUUUGCCAAGGGCGCAACGCACUGUCACACACGGUCACUGUGGCGGAUUUUUUUUGUUUUACACGUUUUUUUUUCUUCUGUCUUUCCCUCGGGCCGUAGCGUCGCACACGUCGCACCGGUUGUUUUUAUUCGAUAUCAUACUGUGUACGCGUGAUGAUUGCUCUCGGAACCGCGCGAUACUUCUGAUGAUGGGUGGUGUGUUACCCACCCGUUACACCGACUAUACUGAAAAUGAUACAAGAAAGUUGCUAUAAAGUAUUUGAUCAUGAGAGCUGUAUAUGUCUGGUGAACAAGUUGUUUACAAAUACAAACAAAAGGCCUAGUAAAGCCAAUACAUUCCACUCUUAGCUUAGAAUCUAAAAAUAAAAUAUUCGACUAACGUACUACAAUAAAAAAUAAUAUAUAAUAGUGCGUACAUAGUAUGCCUAUGUUAUACCUAUUAUAUUAUAUGUGCACACGAAAUAUUUGGGUCAUUGUUAUUUGUUGUUGUUAUUGUUAUUUGGGUUAUUGUAUAUUUUACUGGACGAGCAAAGCGUGGUGAAUACACGCGAGACACGGCGGUCUGGCCGAUUUUGAUUUCGCCGUGUAACUAUAAAGCCGUUAAAAAAAAAAAAAAAAAUGAUAAAAACCACAUGCUUAUAAAACCAAAUACAAUGUAAAUAAGAAUGAAAAGUGAUAAAAAUAAACAUUUUCUCGUGUAUUAUAGACACAUGAUAAUAUCGAAAUUGAAUGAGAACUGCAGUGUAUAUAGUAAAUGAUAACUAUGAAUUUGAGCAAACGACGAUUUUCACCUAUAUAAUGUGGAGCACCUCUUAUACAUUAAUUUACAAUAACCGUUCCGUGUGCAUUUGUGCAAGUAUUUAGUAUUUUUUCAUCGUUUUUACAUUAUAGAUUCUGACCGUAGCGAGGGAUCUAUUAUUUGUUUAAUUAUAGUGUGUGUGUAUUAUUUUGUAUUUUUUCUUUUGCAACUUUUUUGCCUGAAAUCCUGCUCCAAUCGAAAAAUGAGAAGAAACCUUUUUUGUUGCAUUUUUAAUCUAGUUGGUGAGUAAACAAGUCGUUUUUUGAUUUUGUUUUCGACUAAUUGGACUUCGAUUUUUGAUUGUGUAACUAAAAACUGCAAAAAAUAGUAAAAAAAAUUCAAUCAAUUUUAAGAAUUCAAGUUCAAUGUGUCAUUGUGUAAGACGAUUUCAUCUUUCCAACAAAAAAAAUAAAUUAUCAAAGUUGGACUACUAAAUGAGGUGAGAUUUAACCCACGUAAAGCAUGAUUUUGGCCAAAAAACUGAUCACGUGACAAUUCUGAUUUAGACAUGCCUUUAAACUUUUACAGUUAUAAUAGAUAAUAUUAAAAAAAACUAAGUUUAGUUUUUCUUGACUCCGUAAAGUCCAGAUGUAUAUUAUACAUACAUUUGUCGGCAGUAUAUGUGGUGGUACUCCUAUUAUAUUAUAUUGUUCGUGUAAUUUCUUUUUGAAAAACGCGUUACUCGUACCUACACCUAUUUGGGUGGACAAUAACCGGUGUAGGUAUUUUAUUUUACAAAAAACAAUGCACGAGCGAGUGUACACUGCUCAUAAAUAAUAAUACAUUUAUAUAAAAUAUAUUCGAAUCGUCGGACUACGUUGCAAUGCGUAUACAUUUAUAACGAAAUAAAUAACAACGUUGUUAUUAUAAUAUUUUAAUCACCCGCACUGUAUAGCUGCGGGUAAUCCAAUUGAUAAAAUAUUAAAAUAUACAAUCUGUUUUACAUUUUUUUUUUCUACUACAGUAUAACAUUUAUAUGGGUUUAUGCACGCGUAUAAGUAGUUACGCGUAACUAAAAAUAAGUCGCACCGCCACAGCCUAUAUAAUUUUUGAUGUAUCAAUUAUUAUUAUUCAAUGCCUACUCGAUUUAAAUAAAAAUCUAAUAAAAAAUAAUUGAAAAUUGAAUCAUUUCCGCCGUUUUAGUUUAUUAGUCGAACACUCGGUGUACGUCGUGUAUAAUAUAAUGAUGGCUGGUGUAUACGAGGUAUUAUUAAUUAUUAUACCUACAUCAGGCAGAAUCAAUUGUGUUUGUUUGUUUUUUAAAGUCAUUGUGUAAAAUGUAUGAAAUCUUCACGUUAUACAUAUAGUAAUAUUAAUAGUUAAAAUCUUGGUUGAAUUUUUCUCAUUUUCACGAGUACUAUGUUAUUAUUGUAAUGCGACUCUAUAAUUUCAAUAAAAAUAUUAUUAGUAAAAAAAAAAAAAAACUUGCCGGUAAAAUAAUCAAGUAACCAAUUAUAAAAUAGAGAAAAUAUUUUUAUAAAAUGAAAAAAAUAAUAAAAAUAUUUAAUUAGUAGGAAAAAAAUUGUAAAUCAGCCCAAUAUAUUAUAGGUGUAACAAAAUGCUACACCGCCGUCGCAUUACACAUUAUUUUUAAUGUUCUUGUUAUUAUGAUUAUUAUUGUACAAUAAUACGAUAAUAAUUACUAUAAUCAAUGAUAUACAUUCGAAAUUCAUUCGAAAUUUGAUCACUGAAUAACAUAAUAAUUAUUACGGACAGUGGAGAUUUAUCUCGUGGCGCCCGCAAGCUUGAUUAACAACAACAGCAGCCUAUACGGCUAUACGCCCAUAGGCAUCCGUAGAAAUUUUCCUAGAUUUAAUAUUUUAUACCAUACACAGAGUAAUUUUUUCAUCAUGAACUAGUAAUUUUAUCGGAGCAUUUUAAGUGAAUUUUAUUUCUGUUUUUUUUUUUUUAUCUAUUAUAGAAUCGAUUAAGCCUUUAUUUUAAAACCAUUUUUUAAUUUUUACUCCUAUUCCAUGUACCUUACACGAGUAUAUGCCUUUGUUUUUCAAACCUCCCUAUCUGAACACAAAAAUUCUAUUCUAUUCUAUUCGAAUAGAGAAUAAUUUUUUCUAAAAUGUCGGUAUGCAUAACACUAAUAAAUCAUGUUUACCGUUUAUGAGUUAUAAAAGUUCAAAGUUUACACCGGAGAAGCCAGGAAGGGUAAUAAAUUGCGUAUCUAUUUUUAAAUGAUAAAUUGCAGAUAACUCAAUCGUGGAGUAAGGGUAAAAAUUAAAAAUGGUUUCAAAAUAAAGGUUAAACGAUUCCACAAUGAUUAAAAAAAAAAAUACAGAAAUCAAUUUCACUUAAAAUCCUCCGAGAUAAUUGCUGGUUCAUGAUAAAAAAAUAAAAAUAUCACUCUGUAUAUAAUUAUGAAAAUUAUUGUACACACAAAAUUAAUACCCUAUAUAUUUAUAUGAAAAAAAGCAAUUGACAAAUUUACUUUUCUUCAAGUUUUACUGCACGCUACUAUGAAGUUCAGUUUAAAACUAUUGCCGUUAUAUCUCAUAUGCUUGACUAACGAAAGCUCGGGGACGGCUGGAAGAAGCGAACGGGUGGCGUUUUCCUCCUCCUCCGGGUUCUUAAACGGCAGCAGCGACACCAUUAUUCGUGUGCGAUUUGUAAUGGUGCACAACAAAAAAUCACUGCAUCACAAUCGAAAGAUAUUAUUAUUAUUAUUGUGAUAUUAUUUUAUAUUUAAAUAUUGACCCCGAUAAUGUGGAUCAUAAUACUGUUUUGGCCGCGAUCGUCGUUUCCUCGGACGUAUUAUAAUACGUACCUACGUAUGGCGCGCGUUCAAUACGAGAAUAAUAAUCCUCCGCGCGGCCGGACCGGUCCGUGUUUGAGCAUUUUUUUAAUAUCGAGAAAGGACACACCUGCGUUUUAUGUUAAUUUCCGUUCGCCUACACCAAUAUUUUAUUAUAUCUUUAGUUUCUUUACGGCCGAACGCUCGCCGGAUUAGUAGGUAUAUAAUAUUGUACAUGCAUAUUAUUUAUAUAUCAUAAUAGUAAUACGUUAUACGCACAUGAUGCGAACGAAUAAUGGGUUCCGUUCGCGAUCAUUCCGAACGCCUGGCGCCCGACAAUGCGCGAGCAAAGACAUUUUUUUUAGUUUAUCGUCAAAAACGAUUUUCUGACGUUAUUCGUGUAUAGGUGGGUACUCGUAUUCUAUUUACGUGGUCGGACCGUCAUCCCGACUCCUAUGUAACGCCGCCAUUGUCAUUUAAUAGGCAUGCCUAACAUAUUAUUAUAUAGCAGUGUUUCCCAACCGUGUUUUGACAACAAGCUCCACACUCGGAGUCGGAGAACUUUCGGACAGGUCGAUGUCCUCGAUUUUAGCAAUACUUUUUUUUUCUUCGAGCCAAAACUUUUGUUCGGUUUUGCUUAAUACAUUUUGAAUUUCCGGUAUGGAUACUACUGUUGUUCAUAGCUAUACGCCAUAUUGUAGGUAUGUCGUCACUUAAUUGUGUUAACAGAUGCCUGUGCAGUGGUUAUUUUUUAUCGUGAGCAGACUCGAAAAUCCUUGAUCGCGCAAAUAUUUUCAGAGGGCUCAAGGUUGCCAAUAAGAAGCAGUAUUCCGAAUAGCAAUGUCCAUUGGUGAAACAGUUUCCAAAAUACGAGUGUUCAAAAAUCAUAAUUUUUAGCAUUGAUUGACUGAUUGGCUAAAUUUAAGGUAUAUUUUCAAUCGAUCUAUAGAACUUUGAAAUCAUGAACAGAGAUAGUGUUAUAAUUACGAGAAAAUCAGUUUAACUUUGGCACCCGCUUAGAUAUCAUUUUUUUUUUUUUUUGUAACGAAUAUGUCAAAUUUCUUCGUACCCUGAACUUGAGCCCUUUUUCACGAUUAUGUUUUGAUGAAAUAAACUAUUUGUAGGUAUUUAGUUUUAUGUAAUUAAACGAUUCGAGAGAAAAUAAUAAAACGAAAGUAAUAAUUUGUGUAAUCAAAUACAAAAUAAUAAAAAAAAAAAAAACAAUACAAUAUAUGAUUACAAACGUAAAAUAAAUAUAUUCUAUACGCGCACUCUUGUUUUGGUUAAUUUAUUCAAUACGAGUUUUCUAUACUUGUAAUAAAUGUUAUUAAUAUUAUAUCGUACAUUUUACACAAACUGGUCCUCAAAAUAAAUUAUGACUUUUAUUUGUAGUAACUAUAACUAGUAAUUAAUUACGGUUAUCUUUAAAAAGUUUAAAUUAAUUACAUAUAUUAAGUAUUGACAUGUAUGUUAUCACUGUCCAACGACCAAGGACACGCAUUUAUUUAAUGUAUAAGUGAAAUUACGUUAUAUUCUUAAUAAUUUUUUAAUUUUUUCAUUAGAAGCAUAAAAUAACGUUCAUCCAUUAUUUAAAUUAAUAUCAAUACUUAACAUAAUACAUACAAUAUAUUAUGUAUUGCAUAUAGUAUGUGUUAUGUAGGUACUUAUUAUAUACGAUUAGACUAUUGAAUAACGUUGUUUUAUAAAAUAACUGGGUCGGUGUAUAAUAUAUUAUAAUACGAAAAAAUCAAUAAGAAUUAUUUAUUUAUGUGUUUAGUUUUUAAAUGUAUUUAAAUUGUAUUCAUUAUUUAUCAUUUCAUAGAUUCUCUAUAUAGUUAUUAGUUAUUAAUUAUUACGUACAUUUUCAAUUUGAUUUCCGUUAAAUAUAUAAAAUAAAUUUGAAAUAUACAACGAAAAUGCAUAAACAUUAUUAUACUUCAAAUAUUUUAUAGUGGGUGUAUAUCAAUUCCGCCGAAACAACCUUUUUACCUGUUAAAAAUCAUUCGACUCCGCCGGUCAUUUAAACAUUUCGAUUGCGCCGUCUAUCAACUACGCCCAUCAUUUGAACGGUGCAAGAAUCGCUGCACUAAAUCUGAAUCGUAGUUCAGUAAAUAGUAAUUAUCAUAAAAACAUAUAAAUGUCUAAUUUAUUAAUUGAUAGGUACAAAUCCUUAGAUCAAACAAUAUGCGUAUUUUUUCACCAUAUUUAUUUAUAAUAAAAUUCUAUAAAACUCAAAUAUACAUAUUAUAGUGGCAGGAAAAAUAUGGAAGGAAAAACAAUAAAAUAUUAACUAUAAUAAAAAUAAAUAUAAUAUAUAAAUGCCAGUUCUACAUAAUUAUUUUACAAUACCUAGUCAUUUUUUUAAAUUUAAAUAGUCGUCAAAAAUAUUUGUAAUAUAUUUCGUGUUAUUAUUUUACAAUAUCUACCAGUUUCUUUUUUUUAAAAAUACUUUUAGUUAUUUUUUUUUUACAAUGGUUUGAUGCCAAUAUUACAUACGUUAAUUUAUCAAAUUUUUUAAUUAAAUAGUCAUGUUUGUAAUAUUUUUUUUUGCUAAUUUUAUUUGUGUUAAGUCUUCCUAUUGUUAUGUAUGUAUUAGUUUGUAUUUUCAAAUUCAAUACACGUGAAAACCAAAAUAUAUUAGAUGUGUUUUAGUGAAUUCUCUGUUAAGUUUAGAAUGAAAUGAUUCGAAAUUCUUAGUUGUUCGUAAUUUACAUGUUUUAUCAAUGUAAUUAUCACAUAAAUAAUCACAGACUUUGUUUAACCUCUCAUAAUCAGGAACGAUUGACAUAAUAUCUUCAAUGAAGCUUUCACUUACUUGUUUUGGAUUUAGUAAAGACAAACCGAAUAUCCAUUUUAACCACUGUCCAAUUUCACUGUUGACAUCUUUGUAUUCGAUUGAUAAACCUAUAAUAUAGUUACCGUAUAUAUAUAAUAUGUCAUAAAUGGCCAUCUAUACAAUGAAACAAAAUAUUAUUAGUAAUUAGCAUAGUUUUGUAUAUGCCGCUACCAACUUUGAGUCUGAUGAAAUAUGCGUCAAAUGACUCUCAUUUGCGGCCAUACGCAUUUCGCUCCAACGUGUAUACCUUCUUCAAAAUCAGCAAUAAGUGUAAUUGGAUUGAAAUGUAAAUUUUGGGUUGAGCAUUUUUCUACAAUACACCUAAAUGCGCUAGCGUAUGUAGUUGUACGUUUAUCCGGCAGUAAAAAGUACGAUAAUGGAACAUAAUGUGCAUUUUUAAAAACGUGAACAGUAAAUAGUUGAUACUAAUAUUUCGGGUAGCUAUAAAAUGUAUCAUCUAUAAAUAUUUUAUCAUUUGAGCACAUUUAUUCUAAAUUCGAAAUUAUAGAGUAUAAUAUAAUAUUAUUUACCGUGUCAAGUAAAAAAUCUUCAUUCUCAACAGUUUUUAUUUUUCGAUUUUUCAUUAUUUCAAUAAAAUUGGAAAUAUUUUUGGUAAAAUUGGAUUUGUAGAUCGACGAGAUCGGUACAAACAUUGAUAUACAUAUAUUGUUUAUGUCAGUACUCGUCAAUAAUUUGAAUUAACAGGAUUACUUAAAAUUGCUUUGUUUAUAAGUUUUGAUAGUCUUUCUAAUAAUUCAUCUUUAGAUUUUCGUUUCAAUCUAUUAGAUAAUAUUUUUUUGUUUCUUGCAGAUUCGGGUUCUUCUUCGUGAUGCGCAAUUUUAUUUUUUACAAUUGUCUACAUGUCAUGAUCAAAAUAGAUUUAUGCAGUAUACUUUUUGUUGAUACAUUGCCAUUUAUGCGAAUCUAAGACUUUUAUAUACGCUUUAUUAUAAAAUUUAAAAUUUUUUCCGUUCAUUAACAAUUACUUCAAAAUUCAUUUUUACACGGUGUAACAUAAAACGCGCAUAAGAUUACAACCGUUACAAAAUGUCUGUUAAUUUUAAACGAAACCCUAUUGGAAAAAGUAGACUUUUAUUUAUGAUUUCCCGUUUUUCGAUUAAACUUUUAUUUAUUGAACAAAAUUCAGUGUUGUAUAAAUGACCGGCGGAAUUGAUAUGCACAAAUGUCCGGCAGAGUCGAUAGCCGACGGAAUUGAUAUUAAAAUCAAUAAAACCCCUUUAUAGUAUAUCGUAUUAUAUUACUAUACAUUUUAUUUUUAUUAUUUGUACUAUGGAUAAUUUUUGUUACGUUUAAAUUACCUACACAUUAUGUAGGUAUCUUUACCUUUACCUAUACCUACUAAGUAUUUUUACAUUGGCAUAACUGAAAAUUAAUGUCUUUUAUCUCGGAUAAAUCUUUAGUCGAAUGGAUAUUGGACCGCAUUUUUUUAUUUUUUUUUUGCUCACCAAAACACUUUUUUGAGACGGUAUCACAUAAUAUUAUUGUAUUAUAUGUAGCGUAUAAGUAUAUCGUUUAGCCUAUAGGCACGCACAUGCACAUUCAAUUUAUUGUUGUGUACAAAACUACAGAAUUCACCUUUAUAUAUACGUGCCGUUAGAUCGUUUACUCGACUUAGACCCAAACGGAUGUUCAAUUGUGUGUGCGUAAGAUUUCGAAACGCAUUUUUUCAUUCCAACCACGCACGUCACAGGAAGUAAUACAUACAUGUAUUUUAUAAUAUAAAAGGACUUUUUUUUUCAUAUCCUUAUAGGAAUUCAUUGAGACUUACUGACCAUGCUCGUUUGUCCGAUUCUUGGUAUCGAACAGUCGUGUGCGUGUGUGUGUGUGUGUGAUCCAUAUGCGCGUAUUGAAAUUCAGAAACUCGAUAUUCGUAUGUGUACACAUAAUAACUAUAUACUUACGUAGUAUUUGGUUUUUUUCUUUUUAAAUAAAUAUAUAUCGAAACAAGUGUGCUAAAAUUUAGCAUAAUCGGUCGGUUUCGUAAGAAACAUACUUUACAAUUUUUUAAAACAUUUAUAUAAAUAAACAAUUACGCGGUUUAGACACUGGCGGUUCCAGGAGUGGCGAUAGGUGGAUCGCCCCCUUCCUCCGCUUCUGUGCUUUGACCUGUGUUUAUAUGUACAUAAGUACGUCAGGAACGUACGCAAAAAAAAAGUUGUGGGGGGUGUUUUUGAAAAUCAGUUAUUGAAAAUUAGAACAAUAAUGUAUAACAUUGAAAUGGAAUAAGUAAAUAACCAUACAAAAACCAAACUUUUCGGGGGGGGGGGGUAUUUGAACACUAAAUACACCACCCUGCGUACGUGCCUGAAAUACGUAUAUAAUCACUUUAAUUAUUUGUGUAAUUUUAUUCGUACCAUGGUGGAUACCAUAUUUCACUUUUUUACUGUUGUCUUAUGGCAUCACCGUCAACACAUUUCAUACUCACUUCUCCCCAGGUGAUAAAGAAAAUAAGUGCGAUAGACGAAUGAAUAUAUAGUUACAUUUUUUUAUUUUUAUCAAUAGGUAUGUUUUACUAUAAAAUUAUUUUUAAAAGAUAUUACAUUAAAUUGAUUCUCAUGUAACAAAAAAUGAGGAGAAUAAGUGAGCUGUAUAUGUUUAGUAUGUAAAAUAUUUUUGUCUCCCUUCUCCUUUGGAGCUUGUCAAGAACCGCCUUUGAGUCUUGGCAAGUGGUCACAUACUCACAGUUUCAAACAGUUUUGUAUCAUAUACAUACAUAUAUAUAUAUAUACUAAUGGUAGGAAAAAUUUGGAUUUUCGAAAUCCGAAAUCCGAAAAAUUUCUCUUAAGACAUAUUAUAGUUUUAAUCACAAAUAUCUACCUACCAAACAAAAAUACACAUAAAAACACAAAAAUAUCAAAUAACUAUUAUAAAUGGUCCAAAAAUAACUAGAAUGUUUUGAAGAUUUUACCACGUCUACAAAAGGCCAGUAUAAGUAUUUUUUGAAAACUAUAGAUCUCUACAAAUACUUAAUUUCAGAAUCAGCAUUUAUAAAAGGUAAAAUGGUUAUUGAUGUUUAUAAAAUGUGUACAUACAUACAUUCAACAGUCAGAAUAAAAACGAUAUUUUUAACUAUUCUUAUUAAAUAACUUAAAAAUACGAUAUUCCCUCGCUAUUACACUUUUUCAAUUUACGGUCCCUUAAAUAAUAUUACUUAUCUAAACGGUAUUCUGCAGUUUCACAACCAUUAUAAUAUAUACAAAAACCGAAAUAUCCCUCCUGUUUAUUUAUACAGUACUUCGGUUCUUCCGAUUAAUCAUAUAAGUAGGGAAGUAUUUUCCACACUGACGUUAACGCUGCCCUAAUGGUUGAAUAUUGAAAAAUCCUUUCGACAAAUGAUACAUAAGAUAAUAUGUUACUAUAUUGAAUUUAAAACCGUCGUUGAAAGUUAAAAAUUUGACUAUGCUGCAUUUUGCGUACUAAAAAAAAAAUAAAAAAAAAAAACCUUAUAAUUUAUGCAGUGGGAUUAAUGUUUACAGAAUGUUGUUGAUGACGACGGUGGUGACCAUACUUGCGGUACUCCAACACACUUGCGGCCAACAACAACAGCAUGAAGACGAGCAGACGAGAGAGACCGGUGAAUGGAAAUGUCCGGAGGUUCGGAACGUGUCGUGCGCGUGCGAUCUGCCCCACACUUUGCGGUGCACCGGUGGAAAAUCAACGUUCGAGACAGUGGCCCGGGCGCUCAGGAAUCUAUCCGGCACCUCGUCCAUAUCGUUGUUGGACUGCACCGUGCAGAACGUCGGCUCGCUGCCGUCCAGGCUGCUUGAAGGCGUCUCGCUUCACGGGUUGGUCGUGUCGUCCGGUGAAAUCAAAUCUGUGUCGGAUACGGCUUUCGAGGGCCUCAGAUCGCCGCUUCAGGCACUCGGACUGCCCAACAAUCAGCUGGAGCGGGUACCUAGCUCCGCGUUGGCCAUUCUCAAUGGCUUAGAACGACUCGACCUGUCCCACAACCGUUUGCACAGUGUCCACAACAACUCGUUCAAAGUAAUUUUUUUUUUAAAACGAUUUAAACUUGGAUUAUUAGGACCCACUUAUAGGUUUAGUUCUUUUCGGUGAACCUGAUAGACUUCUUCUUCGUAUCAAACUUAUUGUGUUAGUUGCAAAAUGAUCAUUAGUAUGAAUUUGGUUGGUUCGAUUAGUGUACGGCUACCUUUCGUAUUCCCGGUACACCUCUUAUUUUUAAACAAAUCUUCAAAGAAUAUCAAAAAUGGCCUUAAAAAUACUCUAACUAGACAAAAUACGCUGCCGGAAACAUUUUAAGUCGAUUUCUUAUUGUUACCGAGUUAUUAUCACCAUUACCGGCUAAUUUUUAUCCCGGAAUUCAACCCCUAAUGGUUUCCAAUUAUAGUACAAAAAACCAAGGGUAAUCAGUAAUCAUUAACCAUAUCUUUUGGGGUUGAAUUAUUGCACAAAAAUUAUCCUAAAAGUAUGAGUCGAUAAGGAAUCAAACAAAAAAUUCAUCGAAAUAAGUUAAGUAGUAUUUGACAUUUUUGCUAACAUAGAAACAAACGUUUUUUCUUUAAAUAAUAGCAAGGUAAAUUAAGCUAUGAACGAUAGGAUAUAAUAUGUCACACACAGGUCGCAUGGCAAGUCAUCGCGAAAUGUAUGGUGACAUAAAAUCUGGAGUAUGCGUAUUAUUAUAGUUUUCAAAAAAAAUCAUCCGAUUGGUAAUAAUUUCCAUCAAAACGUGUAGGUUCCAGUGGCGGUUUUGGCAGUGAGGCGCCGCCUCACCGGUCGUUUUCCUAAAAUCGUUAUUUUUUGAUUUUAUGUACAAUUUAAAAUUUUCAUACUUUUAAGCUUUCAAAUUUAGGUUUUAUUUUAUUAUGAUAAAAAAAAAAAAAAAAAAAAAAUUAAACCGUUUCGUUUUUUUCCACGCAAGUUGCACAGGAUACUUGUCUGAUACACCGCAAUGCAUGGUAAGAGCAGCUACUCGCGUUUACCUAUACAUUUACAUAGUAUCGCAUCACGAGUUGAACGCCGAUUCAAUUUCAACAGAGGCGAUUGGUGCGACGUCGCUGGCGUCUUUAACGACGCCGGACGCAGUGUCAGUGUGCCACAGUCACGAACCGUAGAGCAUACAGAUGUUGUUCCUAACACCAUGUCUCUGAUUUUUUUUAUCAUUAUCUACUCUAGUCGUCGCUAUUCGGUUCUGUGAUUGUACGUAGGUGCCCGUAGUUUAAUAAUGUAUAUGAUAAUUUUAAACGUAGGGUAGAUAUUUAGGUACUUUCGUUUAUUUUUUCAGUAUAAUAGGCAAAAUAAUAAUUAUUAAUUCCCGUCCGUUGAGUGACCAUGUUUUUCAGUAGUUGGAAACGCCGUUUCAGCGAUGGAAAAAUUGUGGUAAAGAUUGAAAGAUAAUUAUUAUAUGGACAAUUUUUUUUUUCCCUUAUGGGAUUAUUUUUCUUGUAUCUUGUUACAUAUAUUUUUGAAGUUUAAACCUAGAAAAUAUUGGUCUUAUCAUCUGUGGAUUUUCUUUUUAAUCAUUUGUUAAUAAUUUAAUUGUUUUACUUCAAAAUAAAACUAGAUACCUACCUAAGACAAUUUGUUUUUAAAAGACUAAGUUUCUUGGAGUUAAACUAUCCAUUUUGUUUGUUUCGGUUUGAAAUAUUUGAAAAAUAAAAAAAUAUUUUUGGUUAUAAUAUUUUAAAGUAUAACAGUAUGAAUUAAUAUUUAAAUAAUUAACCUAGUAAAUAAUACACAUAAUUAGGGAACGGAUUUAUGUGUACUUAAAAUUCACAAAAAAGCCCUUUAAAACAUCAUAAAACGUCAUGAAAACGCUUAAAAAAAUCACUUAAAAAAUAUUAAAAGAGCAAUAAAAAUAUGUUUAAAAGUUUCCCAAUUUAUUGUUUCUUAUUUAUUAAAAAUAAUUUAACACAAAAAAAAAAAAGAUUAUUACUAAAUAAUUUUCUGUAAUUAUAUUUGUAUGCAUUAUAAAAAAAAAAUGUUUUGUCUUAAUCAUUAUUCAGUGUUAGAACAUUUUAUUUAAUAGGGUUGGAACCAUUAGAGUGGGAACUUUAAAACUCCUUUACCACAUUUGCUUAAAUAAAUAUUUUUUGACGAUUUAAUAACUUUUUUUUGUGGAUUUUAAGUAUAUAUAAAAUCCGUUGCCUACACAUAAUAUUUUUGCCUUUGGUAUAGUAAAAAUCUUUAAAAUUAAAAAUAUAAUAUUAUUUAAAAAAAAAUCAUCAGGUAAUUGGACAAUUUAUAUUUUUUUUUUUUUUUAUUAAAAUCUAUAAUUGUCUCAAAAUUACUUUUUAAUAGUUACGCAAAAUAUGAAUUAGUAUAUUUGUUAUUACUUAGUACACAGUUUUAUUUAAUAUUUUGUCGUCUCAUGCAAAAAUAUGUACCAAAAUCGCCACUGGUAGGUUCUCAUUUGAAAAACCAAAGCUGUUAUCACCACAGGAUAUUCUUUAAAUGCUGUGAAAAAUUUAUGUAUGCAAAAACAUAUCGUCGUUUCACUGCACUUAAAAAUUGCAAAAAUCAUAAUUAUAAUUUAUGCAUAACUUAAACCUUUACAAAUGGGGUGAGCAUAUUUAAAUCGUCUUUUAUAUUAUAUUAUAUCUUCGUAGUUACAAAACAAUAUUAUGUAAACAUUGUAAACAAUAAUUGUUCUUAAAAAAUAUCUUCACUCUCCUCCCCUCCUCCAUGACAGAAUCAUUUGACCGCCACUGAUGCUACUACAUGUAUCGAAUGCAAAAUAAUUUUGUAUUAUGCGUACCAACAACUAGAAAAUGUUCCUACCUUAAUUAAAAUUUGAAGACAAUUUUUAUUAAUAUCAACGAUUAGCAAAAUAUUAAGUUACAUUUGAAAAUGAAAACGGUUUUUGAUGACAUUGUCUCAAUAGAAAUUAAUUUUUGCCAUCAUUCUUAACAUAUUGAUAUGGUUAGCAUAAUAAUUGUAAUGGUUCAUUGGACAAUUCAUGGUCAUCAGUAUUACCCGCUGACCCAGUCUACCCACUGUAUAAGACUAGUUCGUUUUAUAAUAUUUUUGUUGUCAUGUGUAGGGAUCGCCGAACUUAACAUUUUUGGAUCUGAGCAACAAUUCUAUUCAUUACAUUAGUCCGGAUUCGUUCGUAAACCUGCCAUUUUUAAAAGUGCUGCGUCUCCAAAACAACUUGUUGACCUCAGCCUCGACUUCUCACCUGCAGGGGUUGCGGUCGCUGGUCGAACUGGACCUCAGUUCUAACCUGUUGACCGGUCAACUUGGCCCUAGCACGUUGCCGAGGUUGCCAAACUUACAGAUAAUAUCGCUGGCACAUAACCAGCUGAACAGCGUCCGACGCGGGUCGUUCGCCGGGCUCGAAGGCAUAGUUUCCUUGACGCUGAACCACAACCAGAUCGACGUGCUUGAAGAUCACGGUUUCAGAGCGGUGCCAACGCUGUUAAAUUUGGACUUGGCCAACAACCGAAUCGUAGCAGUGUCUAGCGCUUCUCUAGCCCACUUGACGAAACUCAAAACACUGGACCUUUCGCACAAUUUCCUGAGGAGUUUGACUUCUGAUCUCAUAGCCCCGCUAAAGAGCAUCCAACAGUUGAAGCUCGACGACAACGAUAUAUCGAUAGUAGCCGAAGGCGCCCUCAACACGGCGAAUAAUAUUACGAGUCUCUCGUUAUCGGGUAUGUAGGUAUCUUUAUAGAAUUACGUGUUUAUUUUAAAUAUUACUUGCAUUACAUUUUUUUGGAUGAGUAGUGUGUGAAUAUCAGCAAAUUAUAUUGUAAAUAAUUAAUAUUAGCAAGUACUUAUUAACAGUAAUAUUAAUUGCAUCAAAAUAUCGUUUUCAGACAAUCCAUUGAACUGCGACUGUAGUCUGCUGUACUUCGCCACUUGGCUGUCUAACCACACUGCGGUGUGCGCGGCCAGUGAGACGGCCGUGUGCGCGACACCGCCGUCAUUGGAAAAUGGUUUGCUGCAGGACUUGCCAACCGCCAAGCUGAUAUGCGGUGGUGAGGACAGCGUGGCACCUCCGGAGGGUCCACUGGCUUCUCUCCAAUCGUACACUGCUACGAAAAUAACGCUGCGCUCCUAUCAGUUCGAUGGCACCCGUGUCAGUCUGGGCUGGUCUGUCAUUGCGCCAGUCGUUUCCUAUUACUGCAACGCAUUGAUUAUCUACGAGGACAUCGGCAAUCACGAAGUGUUGCUGGACUCGAAGCCCGUCCGAUGCAAUUCGUCACAGUUACCUGACGCCAAGAGUCUGACCCUAUCGUUGUCGGCCAACGAACUGCAACCGGCGCACAGUUACAGGUCAGUAAUCAGUAUGUCCACAGUGGCUGUCACGUUUACGUAUUAACUGUAUGCGUGUAUACUUGCUUACUACGCGAAAAUUAAGAUCUACAGGAUACCGGACGAACACGUGAUAAGUGAAACUCGAACCACCUUUUCACUUUUCGGCAAGUCCACCAAAAUCAUCUAGUGUACUAUGUACAAGCUACAUAUGUCAAUAUUUAUUUUCCUUCGAAUUUUGAAUUUAUAAUAUUAUGAUGUACAAUGUACAUAAAUCUUAUUGAUUUAUGAUCGAACAUGGGACUCUACGUUUAAUUUUUUUGCUUACAAUCCGCCUCAAUUAUGUCUUUUUUAGACUAAUGCUCUGUGGAAAAUUGUAAGAGAAUAUCUAACAGUUGAUUUAGUGUUCUUAAAUUUUCCUAAAGUGGGAAAGAGCUUUAGGAAUUGUUUUAAAUAAAAGGUCUAGUUUGUCUGGAUUUUGUGGAAAUUACUUUGAGCAACAAGACAUUAUAAAUACUUGGGUAUCAGGUGAAGAAAGUAGCAAGUAUAUCGUAAGUGUAGAUGAUAUAAAAUAAUUAACUUAUAUAUAAAUAUAGUCAAGAUCCUGUAAUAAAAAUUAUUAAAAAAAAAUAAAAUGUAAAAACUGAAAAUUUUUAAUUUUUAAUUAUCUACAAGACAUGUUUGCAAAAUCCUCAUUUGAAGUCUGGAGCUAUACCUCUACUAAACAACUAUACAAAUGAAAAUUAAAAUUGAAAAAUCGAAUUCAUAUUGUGAAGAUAUAGCCAUUGCUUCUAGUAGUUCAUGUGCUCGAAUGUAUCGUAUUCAGAAUGUGAAUGAGACAGUUUUCAUUCAUGAAUAAUAAAGAAAAAUAAAAUAAAAUUAUCGAAGUUGCCUAAUUGCUACCUAAUUUUUAACCCAAUAUAAUCAUUGCUGCUGUACAAAUAUAAUUGUUGUACCUUAUUAUUAACGAUGUAAAUGAAACUAAAUUAUUCAUUAGCGUGAUUUUAAUUGAUUUUUAUACCACUGUUAUCUUGAGGCUGUCUUGCCGAACAGUGAGAAUCGGGCGGACUCAGAAAAACAUUGAUAGGACCUUUCCGUUCGGUAUCCUGAAUAUCUUAAUUCGCGUUACUGCGUUUAUAUAGUCCCGUCCAUUAAAUCUCAACCUACCCCCGAAGUAUCGGGAAAGAUGACCGAUGUUUUUGUCCGUGCACUGUUUCGAAAAAGGACGUGCCGCUUUCGCGACCAGUUUUCCGUUCGGCGGCGAGCGUCCCCGCCAGGCACCACCGGUCACGACAAGCGCGCCCCCGCCGUCCGCUCGUUGUGAACCCACGUAUAGCCGGUACCGAAUGUCACGACCGUCAUUUACAUGUCGACUCUUGUGCCGACCUGUAAUACGUGCGGUACGCGUCCUGGUGUUUUACGGCGUCCGUUCGCCGCUGGUCGACACGCGCGAAACGGCGAACGCGAAAGAAGUGCGUUCUCUUUUGAAAUAGAACACAGAUUUUAUCUUAGUGUCUACGGUUUUGUAUCCAUAAUAGUGUCCCGACCAAAUCCGUUACCUUUGUACGAAAAUCCCUUCCUUUAAGGCGCAACUGUUACCGCCGUUUGCGAUCGAUCGUUUGCUAAAACUCUUGUUGUUUUUGUAGAUAUUGCGUGAUGUUGGUUGAGGGGUACGCGGCGGACAAGUCGGACGAUUCGGGCACGGUGUUGGGCUGCAGUGACAUCAUCGCUCUGGUGCCGAACGCGAACCAAGUGGCGCCCAACAAUCGGGUAAUGACCGCGGCCGCGGAACCGCCCGAAAUACAGAACUUAACCACGUCGUUCGUGUCGCCGUCGUCGUUGUUCGUAGCCGUGCACCUGUCAGCGAUCCGGCUGGACACCGGCAAGUGUACAAUAACGGUUUCCGUGUACACCAUGGGCAGACACGUGGCCCACCACCGGUUGAACUGCACGGCGUCGUGGAUCACGGUCACAGAGUUACCGGCCGAAAAGUCAUAUCAGGUAUGCGCCAGCAUUGGUUCCAAGUUUCCUAAGGACGACGAGGAGACAAUGGUGUGCACGUCGGUGGACGGUACUAUGACGGACGGCGGUCCCGCCGACUGGUUUUUCGCACUAUUGGGCGCCAAGAGUUACGCGUUCCUGUUGUCGGCCACAUUUACAGCCGUUGUGUUCCUGUUCGUGUUGCUGAUUUACAGAACUGUGUGUAGGGCGUGCAAGAAACCGGUCGGCACCAGUGGCGGCCGCGCCAACAUUCAAACUCACCAGUGUUUCUUGCCCGUGCCACCGCCCGAAAAUGGGAUGCAGCGACCCAGAUACGUGAAACUCCAAGCCACCACCGUGUUAUAGUAUGAACGUGUAUGCUUACGUCAUGCAAGCUCUUUCAAGCGUCACAUCUACUGGUUCCCAGAAAUUGACAGAUUGUCGUGAUUUUCGCAAGACCUUGUCGCGUCACUUGUGUGUGGCGCCGAUAAGGACCCCGAGAGCCGCAACACUAUGGUAAUCCAUGCGAGGCUCUGGCAAAUCAGACGAUAAAUAACGAGUAGUUCUUAGAAUAGCACCUGCCCUCUCGAGUAUUCAUUUGUCCAUUUAUGUUUUAACGUUUUUUUUUUCUACCUAUAUUAAGUCCGAACGGUUUACGUAUUCGAACAAUAUUGUCCUUUCAUUGUGCCAUAAUUGAUCGUUAAGUGAGACUUAUUUUGACGGAACCAACACUGUUGUUGGACACAACCUUAUUGUGUUGGUUUUUUUUCUUAUUGUUAUUAUCAUUGCGGAACAUAUAAUGUUUUCGAAUUGAAUUAUUAGAACGGCCGUUAUAAUAUCAUAAAAACGAUUUUGAACAGAAAAUGUUAUACAUUAGAUUGAACUUGUUAUUAACUGUUGUUGAUGAGUAUGAUAAAAUACCAACAGUUUAACCCGCAUUAACAACUUGGACAUGUAUAGUUUCACACUUUACGGUAUUGUAUAAGACUGAAGUAUUGUUUAACUCGAUUUAAUGUUUUACUAACAGAUUGUUAAAAUGUAUUAUAUUUUUUUUUAUAAAAUUUAAAUUAUUACCUAUGUACCAAUAUUGCAUCUAUUUUUUGUUAAGAUUUGUCUUAAUUAUUUAAUAGAAAAUGCCUUCUGUUUCUUUAAAAAAAAAAAAAAAAAAACUAUUUACAUUUAUUAUUAGGUACAUAUUAAUUUUCGUUUUUUAAAGAAUACUUGAACCACCUUAUAUUUAAUCAGGUAUUAAUAAGAUUGUACAAAUUACCUAUUUAAUAGGUAGUAUUAUAUUUUGUUUUUUUUUUUUUGUUGUAAAUUUUGAUUUUUUCCACUAUUCAAGUGGAAAGGGUGUUAAAUGUGAUAUUAAAAAAUUUAAUAAUUAUUAGUUAAAAAAACUAAUGAUUAUCAUUGCUGUAAAUUUUAUAUUAUUUUAACAUUGGAUAAUUAUUAACUAGUUCGUUUAUUUUCUUUAUUUUUAUGUUGUAAAUUUUGAUUUUUAACAAUUCAAGUAAAAUGAAUGUUAUGCGUGAUAUUAAAAAAUGAAUAAUUGUUAGUUUAAAAGACUAUCGAUUAUAAUUGCUGUAAAUUUAAUAUUAUUUUAACAUUGGAUAAUUUUUACCUAGUUAGGUUAUUUUCUUUAUUUUUAUGUUAUAAAUUUUGAUUUUUAACACUAUUCAAGUGGAAAGAAUAUUAUGUGAUAUUAAAAAAUGAAUUAUUGUUAGUUAAAAAGACUAACGGUUAUCAUCGCUGUAAAUUUAAUAUUAUUGUAACAUUAUUUUAACAUUGGAUAAUUUUUACCUAGUUAGUUUAUUUUCUUUAUUUUUAUGUUGUAAAUUUUGAUUUUUAACACUUCAAGUAGAAUGAAUGUUAUGCGUGAUAUUAAAAAAUGAAUUAUUGUUAGUUAAAAAGACUAACGAUUAUCAUCGCUGUAAAUUUAAUAUUAUUGUAACAUUAUAACAUUGGAUAAUUUUUUUGUUUGUAAUCAUUUGUAUUUAUCAAGUGAAAUACAUCUAACAAUAUUUAAUGUUGCCUUGAUUUUAUGAUUUUAUAGUUCAAAAGAUUAUUAUAUUAUUUUCUCAUAAUAAAAAAA